AUGGUUGAUGAAAGUUCGAGAAAAGAUCCGACAUGGAAAUAUGGUCAAUUGCAAAAUGACCAAGAUAUAAAUACGUUUGUCUGUGGAUUUUGUUCGAAAGUAACAAAAGGAGGGGUAUAUAGAAUGAAACAACACCUCGUUGGUGGUUAUAGAAAUGUCACCGCCUGUACAAAAUGUCCGGAUCACGUGAAGGAAGAAAUUAAAGAGUACAUGUCCAAGAAAAAAGAGAUUAAAGAACAAAGAAAUCUGAUUGUGGACAUUGAUGUAGAAGAUUACGAUAUUGAGGAUAAAGAUGAAGUGAGUGUUAGUGUAAACAACAAAGCAACACCAAGGGGCCCGAGCUUGAAGAAGCCAAGGCAAAAGGGUCCAAUGGAUGCAUUUUUUACUCCUAACCCAGAAACUGUGGUUCAAAAUAGAAAGGACAAAGGAAAACAAACUUCAUUGAAUGCGACAUACAAGAAGGAAAUGAGAGAGCACACCAUCCAAAGAAUUGCUCGAUGGUUUUAUGAUGCAGGAGUGCCUCUGAAUGCUUGCACAUAUGAAAGUUUUGCCCCUAUGAUUGAGUCAAUUGGGCAAUUCGGUCCUGGAUUGAAACCACCAUCUUAUCAUGAGUUAAGAGUUCCAUGUUUGAAGAAGGAAUUAGAAGCAACAAAUGAGUUGAUGAGUAACCAUAAGGUAGAGUGGGCCAAGGUUGGAUGCACUGUUAUGGCUGAUGGAUGGACCGAUAGAAGAAAUAGGACAUUAAUUAACUUUUUAGUUAAUAGUCCUAAAGGCACCAUGUUUAUUGAGUCCAUCGAUGCUUCAUUUUAUGUGAAAGAUGGAAAGAAGAUGUUCGAGUUACUUGAUAAUUUUGUAGACCAAAUUGGAGAAGCGAAUGUUGUACAAGUAGUUACCGAUAGUGCCUCAGCAAAUGUAGACUACUUACAAGUUAUAACUUUAAUUUAUUAG